UUAAUCUCCGAGCACAUUUGGACACACACGUACAAACUGGUUUGGACCCGAAAAUAUUACUAAACAACCACACAAGUGAGGGUAUUUCAGUCAGUCCACCAUAAACUAUUUGUUCUAGUUCAUCCCCCAAAGCCGUCGUUCUGCUCGGCCAUCUCUUCCUCCUGAGCUUUCGUUCUUCCGACUGUUAUACAUAGAGUGCUUUCGCUAUUCAGGCAUAACAAUAAGAUAUGGCGCUGAGGAGAAAAUUGGGGGAGAGUUCGAAUUUCAGUUGCAAAAUGAUGUUGAGCUUUUCGAGGUAUUACAACUCAGACAAAGUGGACUUAAAGAAGCUGAGGCCUAUGAUUCUAAAGAGAAUCCAGGACCGAGCUAAGGACUAUCCGGUGCAGAGCAUGAUACCAGUGGCCGAGGAGGUCCUUAAUUCCCGGAGGCUUCUUAUUCAAGGCGUCUCUACCCUUCUCAAAGUGAUCCCAGUUGUGGCCUGCAAGUUCUGUCCAGAAGUACACAUUAGCGAUAAAGGUCACUUAAUUCAGACUUGUUGUGGUUUCAAACGUUGUGGCAGAAAUCGGGUUCACGAGUGGAUAACUGGUAGUUUGAAAGAUGUACUUGUUCCAGUAGAGGCAUUUCACUUGAAGCACAUGUUCCAGGGUGUUAUCAAACAUAACCAAAGGUUUGAUUAUGACCGUGUUCCUGCAGUUGUUGAGCUGUGCUGGCAAGCAGGGGCAAAUGAUGAAAAUCUGUAUUCCGGUACUUGGAACCCAGAAAGUGAUUGUGUUGCUGUUGAAGGAGCUGAGUCAUUGUCACCUGCUGAACUCACUCUCGUUGCCAAUGGAACUUUGAGGGCCUGGGAAAUACUUAGAAAUGGCGUGAAGAAAUUGUUGAUGGUUUAUCCAGCGAAAGUGUGUAAAGACUGUUCAGAAGUCCAUGUUGGGCCAUCUGGGCAUAAGGCGAGGCUUUGUGGACUUUUUAAGUAUGAGCGUUGGCAAGGAACCCACUUUUGGAGAAAAGCAUCUGUAAAUGAUCUUGUUCCUCCAAACAUUGUAUGGCGGAGGAGGCGUCAAGAUCCUCCUGUGCUUUUGAAUGAAGGAAGGGGCUAUUAUGGGCAUGCUCCAGCAGUAGUAGAACUAUGCACACAGGCAGGUGCUAUUGUGCCUUCAAAGUAUCGUUGUAUGAUGAAAGUAGAGGGUUUAACUUCAGUUGUAAAUCAAGGUUUACCCCCUCCGCCAUUUAACCUGACAGAACCAUACAGGUUACUCCAUCCGAAAGAUCAUGUCUAAAUGCAGUUGAUAUUGUGGGAAGUUAAUCACUAGCAGAAGCUCCCUUCUGUAGUAUUACAUAACUGAGAUGGAUAGUAAUCUAAAAUCGGAAGUUGAAGCCUCAAAGAAGCUCUAUAUGACAUUGAUUAAUCACACUGAUUGUAGCCAUCAGAUUAAUGGGGAUGGAGUUUGAAAUACGAUCCACAUCUAUAUUGUUUUUGAUUACUUUGAUGAUUGGUCCAGUCACCUUCUUGUGUUUAACACAGUUACAUGAGCGAAGAAUUGAAGAUUCUAUUAACAAUCAAACAUGAGUCAUGAAGAUAGCUCAGUGAAAAUGGCGAAUAUUGCACCGUUCACUUGGAGCAUGUAAGAGCUGAGAAACUUAUAGUUCCGUUCUUUUUCUGAGGGAUGGUUUUUUGUAGGAAAGUUGCUCCAGAAAACAAUGAGCCAAGAGUGAAAGGGAGGCAGGCUAGACACUGGAAAUUAAAGUAAGCCUCUUGUACUUUGGUGCCAUUAUAGAUGGUUAAUACAAAAUGAUAAUAACCGAAAUACUUAUUGCAGUUGAUGUAAUUUUUACUGUUCUAGUGGUUUUUAAUUAUAACUAGUCCCAAAUUUUGAUUUUCA